AUGAAGUUGCGACCGCGGAAGCCGGUCAAUUAUGCCGUUGCAUCCACGGAUUCCGCUUUCGGUAGUCCCGCUCAGCCACCGGCCCCCGCACCCACGGGCUCCGCUUCCGGUAGUCCGGCCCGACCCCCGGCCGUUGGCGUAGGUGCUGCGCCGGGAUCAACGCGACAGGACACUGUCACGGACUGGAUCCAUAAUACCUCCGCACCGGGCGCUUCCCUACCAGAUCCUCCAUCGACGCCAGAGAACCUCGCCGCGGCCAUGAAGUCCUUUUCGAUCGGCGGUACGGGGCGGCGCCAACAAACCGAGUCCAACUAUUCUUCGAACCCGGACCCGGACCCGGAUAGCCCGGAAAAGAACAGCGCGGUCAAGGACGAGCAGAUUGUCAACACGGCUCUCAUAAUCCUACUCAACCUGCUCACGCUCGCCUUCGAGGAGGCUCAGGGCGAGUGGUCGCUCUACCAGCAGCCAUUUUGCAUGCGGGACCGCAACGCCGAAAAGGUCUUUGAGGCGCGCGUGGACGGCAUUUACACUGUCGAGGAUAAGGUCGUCUCCAUUGUCGAGGUGAAGCCAUAUGAUCGUUCGGACAGCGAUGACCGCAUCUACCGGCGCCUGCUGCUAUCGCAGGACAAGGACCAGGUGUUCUGCACCGUUGCCUCGUUCAGCCCGGCGUAUGUUCGCUAUAUCUGUGACCGGAUGGGCGAUGAGCAGCUCCAGAAGGAUGAGGGUUUUCUGAGCAUGGACCAGGAAGGGCCCUUUAAGGGAGACAGCUCUCUACAGGAGAUCUGA